AUGUCUGUACGACCACUGCUAGUAGAAGUUAUAUUUGAAUUUUGUCUGGCAGCAUUUUUGUUGUAUAAAUAUGGAAAUGUUUUUCGACACCAUAUCAUAGUUACAAUUGCAGUAUUGAUUGCCUGGUAUUUCUCAUUAUUAACCAUAUUUGUGCUGCCAUUAGAUGUAUCCUCGACUGUAUUUAGGCAGUGUAUCGAACAAAACUACCACAAUGAAAGUGUAGAAGGUAUAGCUGAGAAUGUAACAGUUGGACCAUUUCCCACAUGUCGAGAACCAUGGUCAUACGUUCCUGAAAACGUUUUUCCAAAUUUGUGGAGGGUAGUUUAUUGGACAUCGCAAUGUCUAACUUGGCUUAUUCUCCCACUUAUGCAAUCAUAUAUAAAAGCUGGUGAUUUCACUGUGAGAGGAAAAUUGAAAUCUGCUUUAAUAGAUAAUGCUAUUUAUUACGGGAGUUAUUUAUUUAUUUGUGGAAUUUUAUUAAUAUAUAUUGCGCUGAAACCUGGUAUGGAUCUGGAUGGUCAAAAGCUGAAAGCUAUAGCAUCAUCUGCGUCAAACACAUGGGGUUUAUUUCUCUUGGUGUUGUUGUUUGGUUAUGCUCUUGUAGAAGUACCUCGAGGAUUGUGGAAUGCCAGUAAACCUGGUUACACUUUGCACUACAGUUAUUUUAAGGCUGCUAAAUUGAGUUUAGAAAAAAGUGAUGCCGAGGAGACGGUAGACGAUAUUUUAGAGUCUUUACAAGCUGCUUCUCUCGCUAUCAGUCCAGGGCAUCCAUUUCAUAGAAAUUUGGAAACGAUUUUUCAAAAGGUACCCGCUGAACUUCGAGAGAGAAUGAAUAGAAGACAAGUGUCGGAAGAAGCACAAAGUGAUGCGCCAUCUGAAAAAUCGUUAAUUCGUUUACAUCGGCAGACUAUAAAAGCAUUACAAACCUUGCAACGAACAGAAACCCAGUGGGGCCUCAUGGUAGACAAAAUCUUUUCUUUGGAGGACAUUGCAAAGAAUCAAGCUAGUCACGAUAGACGAUUUAAGCCUACAUUUCCCACAAUAAGAUCAUUCCCAAUAAAUUUAAUUCACAAUCCUACCGUUGAAUGGUAUUGGAAAUGUGUAUUUAAAAGUUACUUUCAAAAGUUAGCAGCACUAAGUGCUGCUGUACUGUCGGUAGCUGUAGUUUGGUCAGAAAUAACAUUCUUUAACAAAUCACCAGUCUUAUCGCUGUUUGCUCAAUUUGUGAAUGCAGCUAAGACAAAGUAUGAUUAUUUUACAAUUGAGCUGCUGUCAACAGUGAUAAUUGCUUACUUAUGUUACUGUGCUUAUUCAACCAUUCUGAAAAUCCGAGUGUUGAAUCUAUAUUACUUAGCACCGCAUCAUCAAACAAACGAAUACAGUUUGAUAUUUAGUGGAAUGAUGAUGUGUCGCUUGACACCACCCUUGUGUCUUAACUUCUUAGGACUUAUUCACAUGGAUUCUCACAUUAUAAAGACACAUAUUCUGGAAACGCAUUAUACACAAGUAAUGGGUCAUAUGGAUGUAAUAUCAAUAAUAUCAGAUGGUUUUAACAUAUAUUUCCCCAUGGCAAUCUUAGCAUUUUGUUUAGCAACAUACUUUAGUUUGGGAAGUAGAUUGCUCUCAAUGUUAGGGUUCCAACAAUUCCUUGGAGAUGACGACUUAACAACUGACUUUGUCGAAGAAGGAAGAGAACUUAUUAAACGAGAGAGACGGAAACGUCAAAGAGCAGAAGACUCUAUGAGCAGACGUCGUGAAUUUCAAGAGAGAUUUACUAAUAACACCGGAACUGCGUCACGUUACAGAACAACCAGACAAAGCACAGACACUGUGCGACCAUUGAAGAGAGACGAUUCAACAGAAUCUGCGAGAGCUGGCCUUUUGCGUGAUUUCGAACCAACGGAUUAUUACGUUGGUCCAUCAGUUGGAACCGAAAGUUAUCGUGAGAACACUCGUUUUGAACGUGGAUAUCAAGCUGACGAUAUGUAUGACUUGAGUGCUGAAAAUUCAAGGUCAUUUUCAACAAAUACUAAUCGUGUUGGGCCACCUUUAAGAGGCUUGUUCGACGACAUAUAGAAAAAUCAAAUCUGAAUGCCAUAAAUUAUUAUAAUAACGUAAAUCUGGAAGAUACAUCGUGCUAAAGGAACUAAACAAAUUAUUUUAAUCAUCGUGGCUCGACUACUUGAUUGAUAAUUGUGACUUACCAAACUCACGUUCAUUAUGGCCUAGUAUCUUGCGGAGAAUAAAGUGAAAAGAACAACAAUUAUCGCUCGUUAUAAAUUAACGAGUCAAACAUUUCUACAUUUGUAUAACGAUAUACAUAAAAGAGGCACUGUUAUACCAUCUCUCGAAGCAGGCAACUUGACUGUAUUGGAAAUUUCAUGUUGCACAUAACCUUUAUUCGUUACACCACUUCUUCUAAGAGACAGAAACGGUGACAAGCUGUGUGUAGAUAGUUAAAUGACAUUGUCGAACUAAAAUAUUAGUUACACUAAAAUCUGCUCUGUGCCGUAUCCAAAUUUGGAUCGGUGCUAAUGUACGAUGUUAGUCAGUGAACUCAAUCGCGUUGUUAAAACAAUUUAUGAAGUAUCGGAUAUGCUGCUAAUAGUUCCAUAUGCGUGUAUAUAUUUUUCUUUAAGUUUUAUAAAGUUUAUCUUGAAGGAAAUAUUGUCAACGGUGCACAUGGAAUUAACACUAACUUUAAUUCAGCAAUAUUUAAUUGAGUAGUUAUAUUAUUAAAUAUUGCACAAUGCCUUUUGAUAGAAAUAAAGUAGUGCAUACAGGCUAAACAGGUAUGUCUUAUAAAAACUUACUCCAAAUGAGAUUUAAAAUUCCCUUCUAAUGCUAGUUGCUUUAGAAUUUAAAGCGAGCAUAUUUAUAUAACGGAGAAGUAUUAUUUAGGUAAACUUUGGUAAAAAAGAAAGAUCGUCAAAUAUAUGUUUAAGAUAAAUCUAAUUUAUAAAUAAUAACAAAUCAUACGCAACAAUAACAACGGUAAAAUUAAAUAGGGAUACACGAUUCAUAACAUCAUUUUUCCAUUCGUAACUUUUAAUCCGUAACCGUAACGUCGAUGGUGGAUAUCAACUAAUACCAUGUACAAAAAAUAUGUAGAAAUAUAAUCUCCUUUAGGAAGUUCGA